AUGGCCUCACGGGUGGUCAGUGUGAGCUCGGCGGAAGCGGGGCGGGAGGUAUGCCGUCCUCCCGUCGCCCCGGCGUGGUUCCAUGCGCAUGGACAAGUGUGGGUCCCAUUUUCCGAGGCCGACAACGACGCGCUGGAAGAAGGCUGGACGCAGUGCCGUCCCGCGCUCGAGGAGCGGGCCGCACAGACGGAAGAGGUGGCGUCUGCGCCAAAGGAAGAUGCGGUGGGAUGGCUGCCGUCGCUGCUGUGGUACUCGAAGCCAGCGACGCAUGCGUCUGUGCUUCCUCCGCCGCCUCCGCCGCCCGCACCGAACCUGCGCAAGACGCCACUGGUCCACCGCAGGCUCGAUCCCGACGAGGACGACGAGACGAAGCAGUUCCGCGUCUCGGUCCUUGAGGACCGCCUCUUUGAAGUCGACCUCGAAAAGAUGAUCAUCUUUCCCGCACUCUGGCCGGGGUACGACCAGGGCGUGAUGCGCGCAACGUGGUUCUACGUCGCCUCCGACGGCGCCUGCUCGCCGAUCGCAUGGGGCAGUGCUCUGAGCGCCGACCUGGACCGUGUGUACGAAGAGGCCAAGCCGUGGAACUUGGUAGGGCGCCUGCGUGCGUCGCUGAAUGUCGGCAAGGCCAAGUCGGACUCGGACGCGGCGCAGCUCUUUGACCUGCCAAGCGUCGCAGGCGGUGCCAAGGUCCUCUUUGACUCGACGUCGUCUGCGCGGGUCUAUACUCAAAAUCUCAGCAGCAAGCUCCUUUCCUUUUUGUGGGAGCCGCUGGUGGUGCGUGGCUACGAGAAUGCCAAGGCCGCGAGCGUGCGUAUGCAAGAGAACUCGGCGAGCAAUGUGAUCGCCACGGCCUGGUCUCGCCGCAACGAUGCGUCGCCCAGCACCCCGUCGGAUAAUAAGAAGAAGCCCGAGGGGCCGACCGAAGGCACCAUCGUCGAGGGCAUCACGCCGACGCCUGUCGACACGAUGUCGACGUGGGGGGCGCUUAGCGAGGCGUUCAUGUCGCGCGCGCGUGCUUUUCGCUCCGGCGCAGCACCUACCACGCCGCCGGCGCAGGAGUGGAAUGCAGACGAAGUGCUGCCGGAUCCGGCAGUGCUCGACUUUAGCGAGACGUCGAGCUUGGGUGCGCUCUCGGACGACCUUUACGCGGACGUCCAGUCGACCGCCGACCUCGAAGAACGCGAAAAGGGCGAGGCGCCUCCUGAGCACAUCGUCUUUUGCAUCCACGGCAUCGGCCAGAAACUCACGGAGGAUUACAUGGCGACACACUUUGUGCACGACGUCGAGCGUAUGCGCACCGUAAUGCGGCAGCAGAUGCAAGAUCCUGCCUUGAGCACACAGCUCAGCGGAGGGCGCGUACGUCUCAUCCCGAUCUGCUGGCGCCACGACGUGGAGUUCGAUCCGGAUCACGGGCAUUACAAGCUGCAGGAUAUUACGAACAAUGCGACGAUUCCCGCGGUACGCACCGUCAUUUCCAAAGUCCUGCUCGACAUCCCCUUUUACUUUUCGAGCCACCACGAAGCGAUGCUCACGGCCGUGCGCCUGGAAACCAAUCGUUUGUACCGCCUCUUUUUGCAGCGGAACCCCGACUUUGAGCAAUGCGGGGGGCGCGUGUCGAUCCUUGGCCACUCGCUCGGCGCGGCGCUUUCUUCCGACCUGCUCAAGGACCAACCGACGGAUGUCGCGCCACUGAGCACGAGCGAAGCACCCGGCAUUCACCGCACGUCGCCACACCUCUUGUUCAACGUCACGCACUUUUUCUCGGUCGGCUCGCCCUUGCCGCUCCUAUACUACCUGAGCGGCGCCGAACUCAUCGCGCGCCGCCGCACCGACCCCGAGAAUCCUCUGCAGGCAGACGAAGAUGUGACAUGCAACAAGGUGGGGCAGCAGGGAUGCCUCGCGACGGAAUACGUGCACAAUAUUUACGCGUCGACAGACCCUUGCAGCUUCCAAAUCUCGGCGACGGUCGACGCAGCGUAUGCUCGACUCUUGCGCCCAGUCGAAGUGCCGCGCGACCCGCUGAUGCUCGACCGUGCACUGAACCAGCCGCGACUGAGCAUCGGCAGCGUCAUGCGCACCUGGCUGCACCCCAAGGACAAGGGCGAGAAGGACAAGCAAGGGAAGGAGGGUGGGAAGGAGGAAGAACAGCCAGAGGCAAAUAUACAGGAAAAUGCCCGCGAAGACCAACACGCACACGACCAGGGCAAGGAAAAGAAAAAGCUAGAAAAAGAGGUCGAACAGGACGAACACGGCGAAGCAAGCGUCAAGUUGGGCGAACAGGGCAAGAAGGAAAUCAUCAUCGACGAGGCACACAGCGAAAAUGCCCAAGAACCUGCUUCCACGCCUCCCUCCUCGGACAAAGAGACCGAGUCUCCCUCGGAUCCGACCCGUACGCCAAAGGCCCCGUCGCGGACCUUGGCCUCACCGCGCGGCGAGACGCCGCAGCCCGAAGAGUCCAAGGACGAAAAGACGCCACCACCUCUCUCUCUCCACGAGCUCGAGCUCGGGGAACGCCGCUUCCAGGCGCUCAAUCCCUACGGAUGCAUCGAUUUUGUGGUCGACGGCGGAACGGUCAACCAAUUCACGCAGUACAUUGACAUGUUCCGCGCGCACAUGAGCUACUGGACGAAUCCUGCCUUUUCCAACUACCUUCUCAAGCAGCUCGUACCGAACGAGAACGUCGUUCCUACGACGCCGUACCGCUCGCCCUCGAUGCACGCCGCGCAGGAGAUUCUCGAUCCCACCACCGAUAGUGUAUAG